GGAGGGCAGUGUCUGUCUGGGGAACUAAGAGCAGCAGCACUUUCAGACUCAGCCUACACAGAACUAUCCUCCAGGCCUCUAGGAGCCCUGGGAUGUGUGGCCGGCAGAGGGGCUGGAAGUGAUCACCCUGUUCUGGGCCCUUUCUAAGGACAGGGGUCUCCAAGAGAUCACCCCACCAGAGAAAAGAAGGAACGAAUGAGUUGUGAAUUUUAGACCGUUGUUACACACGGAGCUCUGGGAAGAUGUCUGGGAAGAGCUAGGCCCACUGGCCAUACAGAUCCUCCUGGCUCACCUGUCACCUUGGAGGCGACUCUGGAAAGGCAAGAUGCCCAUCAACAGCACUGUCCUGUCGCUGGCCAACUAUACCUACAUCACCGUGGAGAUUUUCAUCGGGCUCUGCGCCAUAGUGGGCAAUGUGCUGGUCAUCUUGGUGGUCAAGCUGAACCCCAGCCUGCAGACCACCACCUUCUAUUUCAUUGUCUCCCUCGCGCUGGCUGACAUUGCUGUUGGGGUGCUGGUCAUGCCUCUGGCCAUUGUCAUCAGCUUGGGCAUCAUAGUCCACUUCUACAGCUGCCUUUUCAUGACCUGCCUGCUGCUGAUCUUUACCCACGCGUCCAUCAUGUCCUUGCUGGCCAUUGCUGUGGACCGGUACCUGCGGGUCAAGCUGACCAUCAGAUACAGGAGGGUCACCACUCAGAGAAGAAUAUGGCUGGCCCUGGGCUUUUGCUGGCUGUUGUCAUUCCUGAUGGGAUUGACACCCAUGUUUGGCUGGAACAUGAAAAUGACCCCAGGGCACCACAGAAAUGCCACCUUCCUCUCCUGCCAGUUCCGUUCAGUCAUAAGAAUGGACUACAUGGUCUACGUCAGCUUCUUCGCGGGGAUUUUACUUCCCCUAGUUGUCAUGUGCGGCAUCUACCUUGACAUCUUCUACGUCAUCCGGAACAAACUCAGUCAGAACUUUUCUAGCUCUAAAGAGACAAGUGCAUUUUAUGGACGGGAGUUCAAGACGGCUAAGUCCCUGUCUCUGGUUCUCUUGUUGUUUGCUGUGUCCUGGCUGCCAUUAUCCAUCAUGAACUGUGUUAUCUACUUUAGUGGUGAGGUGCCACCAGUUGUAUUGUACUUGGGCAUCCUGCUGUCCCAUGCUAACUCCAUGAUGAACCCUAUCGUCUAUGCUUAUAAAAUUAAGAAGUUCAAGGAAACCUACCUUUUGAUCCUCAAAGCCUGUGUGAUCUGCCAUCCCUCUGAUUCCUUGGACCCAAGCAUUGAGCAGACUUCUGAGUACUCUGCCCAGGAAAACUCCAGAAGUCUGGAGUCCACAGCCCUGGCUGCUGACACCCAAACACCCACACUUCUGCCUGCUCACAUGCUUCAGAUUCCAGGCACACAGGCCCCUGGCAGCUGCACACUCCACCCACACCCGCCACACCCGCCAGGGAGGCUGCAGUGUCCGUGUCCAGGAUUCCUGAGAUUCCCUGGGUAUAUCCUGUCAUUCCAGUUAAAGGUUUGCUUCCUUCUAGCCAUGUGGCCCUUCAUUCUGCUCUCCUUGGCCCUCUUUUCAGACGCCAUGGUCAUGGACAAAAAGGUCAAGGAAAGCUUUGUGCUGGACACAGCCUCUGUCAUCUGCAGCUACGACGCCCUCUAUAAGGACCACCCCAAAUACUGGUGCAGAGGCUAUUUCCGGGACUACUGCUACGUCAUUGCUUUCACCCCCAACAGCACCGGCCGUGUGGCCCUGAGGGACACGGGAAACCAACUCAUUGUCACUGUGUCCUGCCUGACCAAGGAGGACACGGGGUGGUACUGGUGUGGCAUCCAGCGGGACUUUGCCAGGGAUGACAUGGACUUUACAAAGCUGAUUGUGACCAACAACAAAGGAGCCCUUGCCAGUGAUUUUUGGUCUGGGAAAGGUAAGAAGCCCUGUCAGGGGCUAGUUGGGAGUAAAAACUCACACUAAAGCCAGUGAGCACCAACUCAGACUCCCCAUGGGUUCUCUGGGGUCAUCUGGCCUCACCCUCCCUCAAAUGUAGGGUGGUCGUGGAUAGUUUUGGGGAUUAGCU